AUGGCUGCCAUGGCCAUACGCUGCUUCCUGUGCACCAUCAUGGCUGCGUUUGCCUUGAGAUCAAAGGCGCCAGAGGAAGCUCUGAAUUUGGAUGACUUCGCAGCCUUGUGUGACGAGGAGAUCGUCAACGACACCUGUCGCCUACUGAAUGAAGGGGACAAACACGAAGCCGUGGAGCAGUUUACCACGUGGGAGGAGAUUGCGGAGCACUUGUCCGCAGAGCCCGGGUUUCUGGAGAAGUUCAAGGAAAGAAUGGGCUAUGCGGCCACGGAUGGCAAAGUGUGGAUUGAAUGCAAGCCAUUGUGCUUGACCAUUGUGGGCUUUAUCAAGCAGGUGGGGGUGGUUCCGCCCAAAAGCGAUAUCGCUUGCUACACCCCGAUGGAUGAGACCUUCUGCGAUUUGGAUGUGCGACCAUCGAUGUUGAAGACCUUGGGACCCAAGAGCGAUGCAGAUCUGCCGGACUUUGGAGAUGACCGUGGCGAACAUAGUGCUGUGAAAGUGGAAUUGGCGACGGAUCCUGGCAUGCCAAUGGAUUCUGACACACCCCUGGCCGCUGGAGUGACUUACAACUUUUGGGAAGCACUGGAGCGCUUAGCGAACUUGUUUCGGAUCUAUCCGGACCCUGGACCUUUGAGGGAAAACGCUGAGUUCGAGGACGGAGGCUCCUCCUUGAUGCAGAGAUCGGUUCAAUCGCGGAUGAGGGGCAUGACACCGGACCAGGCGCGAUUGAAUGUGCAGAAGGAGGAGAUGGCCAAGGCCUACAUGGGUCUCGUGAUUCGUGCCUUCAGCGCCAAAGAGACACAAGAUCAUAUGAAGAAAUGGUUUGGUCGAGAUUCCUUCUACAAUCCGAUGGCUCGCAAGGAGGUGCUGCGUGUGAUGAAUUCCGUGGAUCACAUGAUCAGCAAUGUGCAUUACGUGUACCCAGGAGCGAUGUGCACCGAAAGAACCUUCGCGUACGUGUACCCCAAGGGUGGUGCUUGCGAGGAAAACCAGCUGGAAAAGUACGCCUGUAGGACGCUUUACUCCGAUAGAAACCGAUUUAUUUUUUACUUGUGCCCCUUCUAUUUCACCAGACCUUUGGAGAUGGUGGAGACCCUUGUCCAUGAAGGAUCACACCAUGCGACGGCCUACACUGAUGACGUGGAGUUUCAGGGCUCGAAGGCCUAUGGCCGACGCACCUGCAAAGAAUUGGCCAGGAAAGAGCCCCUGCAGGCCUUAAAAAAUGCGGACAACUUCUGCUACUACAUCCAGGAUGCUGCAGAGGCUGUUCAGGACCAUCCUGGAGAACAGGUUUCCGCCAAGUGUCCCACGAUGGCGAAAUUUAAGCACAACCCGACAACGACGGGGAUUGCCAUUGCCCUAAAGGAACGCAAUGUGCCGAGGCCACUUCGGUGGACGCUUGGGGUGCCCUUUCUCCGCCAGUCCACGGUUGCACGGCAAGACUUGGCAGGAAUUAAGUAG